UCACACUUCACGAAACUUAAGUGACUGGUCCAAAGUCCUUUUACCCUGGAGCUAGAAAUCUGUUUCUCUUUGCUUUCUCAGCUUCAAACGAAGCUAAGAUUUUUUUUUAAAAGGGAAUUGAACUCCUUUAACCUUUUAUUCAAAUAUUUCUUUUUUUCUUAAAUUGUGGACACCACUGCAAACAUUCAUAUCGGAUUAUUUUCGCAGUCUGCUAUCGUUUAGAAGCAGACAAGAGGAUACAAAAUGGCAAAUUUCUUAACGACGUGUUUUUUAAUGUUGAUAUCAACGCAACUGGCGCAGUCCUCUGGUGUGUUUGAGCUGAAAGUGCACUCUUUCACAACAAUAAGCGGUGCAUGUAAACUGUCUACAGAAUGCCAGAUAUUUUUCCGUGUUUGCCUGAAGCAUUCUCAAGACGUCAUAUCACCGGAGCCGCCGUGCACUUACGGCACUGGAAUGAGUGAAAUAUUCAACGCAGAUCAGAACUCAAUUUCCAGCAGCGCGCCUAUCACUGUUCCUUUUAAUUUCAAGUGGCCGGGAACUGUCUCGUUAAUCAUUGAAGCGUGGAACGCAGAGUCCUCAUCUGAGCAGUCAACAGAAAAUGUAAGCAACUUGAUCAUCCGUUUGGCCACCAAAAGAAGACUAGCUAUUGGCGAGGACUGGUCCAAGGAAGAGCAAAAUAAACUGAGCUUCUCGUACCGCGUAGUGUGCGAUGAAUUUUACUAUGGCAAGGAGUGCUCUGAUUUUUGCCGCCCGCGGAACGAUACGUUCGGCCACUACAACUGCGAUGCCGCCGGCAACAGAAUCUGCCUGCUUGGAUGGAAAGGCGCUUAUUGCGCGGAACCCAUCUGCUCGCCUGACUGUAGUGAGCAUGGUUCUUGUGAGGCCCCCGGUAGGUGCAAGUGUAAGUAUGGGUGGCAAGGGCCUCACUGUGAUGAGUGCCAAAGACACCCGGGGUGCAUACAUGGUACCUGCAAACAGCCCUUCGAAUGCACUUGCAAGGAGGGAUGGGGUGGAUUGAUGUGCGACCAGGACCUGAAUUUUUGCACCAAUCACAAGCCCUGCAUGAAUGACGCCACGUGUAGCAACACUGGCCAAGGCAGUUACACCUGUACCUGCAAGCCCGGUUUCAGUGGAACAGACUGCGAGAUCGAGACCAACGAAUGUGACAGCAAUCCGUGCAAGAAUGGAGGCAGCUGUAACGAUCUAGUAAAUGGUUACUCCUGCUCGUGCCCUCAAGGCUUCUAUGGAAAGAACUGUGAGAUCAGCGCUAUGACCUGUGCCGAUGGACCUUGCUUCAACGGAGGAACCUGCAUGCCAAAGGGGACCGGCGGAUACACCUGUCAGUGCCGUGCCGGAUACAUGGGCUCCAACUGUGAGAAGAAGAUCGAUAGAUGCAGCAGCGAUCCCUGUGCUAAUGGUGGCCAGUGUCUUGAUUUGGGUCACAGACUGAUGUGUACGUGCCGCCCAGGCUUUAAGGGAUCUUAUUGCGAAAUCAACAUAGACGACUGCGCACGCAACCCGUGCCAAAACGCCGGCACCUGCGUGGAUGGCAUCAACGACUACACCUGCUCGUGCACGCUCGGCUUCACGGGCAAAGACUGCAGCAUUCGAUCUGAUGCCUGCAGCCUCACGCCCUGUGAGAAUGGAGGAACCUGCUACACACACUUCACCGGAGCCGUUUGCAAGUGUCCACCGGGGUUCAUGGGUACCCGCUGCGAACAUGAAGACAAGCCCACACGUGUGGCCAGCCCCGCUUUUCCUGCUGCCUUGGCUGUUUCAUUCACUUUGGGUCUCAUUACGCUCAGCCUGGUGAUAUGCGCUGCCAUUGCCGUCCUGAGACAGAUGCGACGAGGUCGCAAAGCAGCCUCAACCACCGUACGCAACGACUUGGAGACGGUUAACAACCGUGUCUCUUUAACGCCUCUUUCAGCGUUGGGUCUAAAAGAGAAGGAGGCCUUUCUUAUUCCUGGUGGUCCCUAUAAGGUGUCCAAUAAGGAAGUGGCUCUCAGUUCAAACACCAUGGACACUCAUUUAAGUGACAAAUCGAAUUAUAAGCAGAAGAUGAUGGAUUACAACUUGACCAUCGAUGAGAAACACCACACAAAGAACAAGCUAGACAUGAAAAAUUCUGAAUCGACAUUAUUGGUUCCACCUUUGAACUAUUCAAAAGAGGGAUUAUAUCAUCCUGUAUACAUCAUUCCUGAUCACACAGAACAAUGUGUCUUUGCUACUGAGGUUUAACAGUAUCUGGAACUCCUCAACCACAGACAGGCCUGACCCAAAUAUGUUUACAGUCAAUAGAAAGAACUGAAGAAAAUAUAUAUUAUAUCUACUUUAUUAUUUAUUUAUUCAUGCUGCUCUACUACUUCAGGACUACUUCCUGAUACGGACAAUGAUUUUGCGAAGACAAAGCAAUACAAUGGACUCGAAGACUUGAGGAAUUGCAUAAUUUGCACUAUUUUCUUUUCUUUUUUUAUCGUCCUUAUAUAUAUAUAUAAAAAUAUAUAU